UAUCUCUCCAUAAACCUGCCGCUUCCGCAGUCAGGAGGACGCGCGUAGAAGUCAUGGCGGAGCGACAGCCACCAGCGAAAGACAAACUGCCCUUACUGCCCCUGCGGACAACUGCUUACACGGCAAAGACUUCAAAAAAGAAGAUGUCAAUGGAAGAGAAAAAUUCAAGAAAGAAAGAACUCGACCGAGCCCGAGAUAAGACGAGGGUAAAUAUGGGGUCAGCCUUUCAGAGGUGGAGAGAGCUUCGUGACCUGAAGGGAUUUAAAACCGAUUUUGAAUUGGGCACGUUUCUGCUUGACAGCUAUGAAUGUAGAAGUAAAAAAGAUCCUGCAGGACAUAAAGGCACAUCUGAACCUCUGACACCCCAGGUGCCUAAUGUCAAGGAGUCUCCUGAUCAUUACAGCCCUUUUAGAGAAGAGGCGGAUGAUGCUUUUAAAUCCAGGAUGUGCUCCGUCGUCAGAUGUGAUUCAUGGCGUCGUGGAGUGCAGUGCUUCAGUCUACCAGCAGACUCAGAUAAGAGACUGGAAUGGGUCCAGUUUCUUUUUCUAGUCAAUGGUCAGAGAAUUAAAGAAUCCUCAUGGGUUGACAUCAGGGUUUGUGCUGAACACUUCACACCUAGCUGUUUUCUCCAAGUGAAUCCAGCUACCAGCAUUGCCCUGCUGAAUACAGACGCUGUGCCAUCAGUGUAUAAGGAAACUGAGCCAAUAGAUCCUGCUUUUAAACCUGACCAGAUAAAAACAAGUGUCGGUCCAACCCCAGGAUCUUCAGCGUUGGACAAAGAAGAGAUAUCAGCUUUAAGUGCCCCUGGAAGCCCAGCAUUAAGCACGGUUUCUGAAUCUUCAGAGUCCAGUUAUUGUAGAAUGCUGCAAAAAAUCGAAAACCUUGACAUUAUCCGGGAAAAAAUCAAUCUACUUCAGAGGAUGAAAAUGUAUGUUGUGAAUGAAAAGCAGCUCCUCCAGCUGUUCAGUGCCAAGUGCCCUUUGUGUCAAUCCAAAGUAAAGAUGGAGAAGUCGUUCCAUGGAGUUCUGCUAGUCCUGAACCAGCAGUGCCUGCAGUGUAGCUACAGUAGGCAAUGGAAAAAUCUGAGCGAAAAAAGCAUUUCUGCCCUUCUAGAUGAUCACCAGGCAGAAUGCUUGGAAAUAUCUGUAGAGAUAUCUGCAGAUGAGAUGUCAUCAGAGAAAGACCAAAUUGCUGAUGAAGAGGGUGAUCACAGGGAGGAACGGGAUGAACCCAGCAAGACGGAUAAGGUUGAGAAUUCAGAUGACAACUGGGAACCAGAGCACGAGUCUUUGAUUUUGGAUUCUGAUGAGGAUGAGGAUGAGGAUGAGGAUUAUAACCCUUCUGAUGAAGACACUGAGGAAUCUGCUCCCAAACAGAGGGAGCUCUGCACAGAAUGUGGAAAGUUAUUUAAAACCAGAAGGCCUCACAUUUGUGAGUAUAAAAUUAAGCCCUUCUCUUGUAACAUCUGUGGGAAGAGGUGUGUCAGUGAGCAGUCUUUAGCAAUCCACAGCAAAAUACACAAUACAAACCAUCAGUUCCUAUGCAAAUUCUGCCUUGCUGGGUUCAAGACUAAAACUGACAAGAACAAUCAUGAGCAGAUCCACCCUGGUGAAGAAAGACCUUAUAAAUGUCCCCACUGUUCUGAGAUGUUCGACACGUUCAAGAACCGCCAAGUCCAUAUGAAAGAUCACCCAAAACAAGGUCUGCUAAAAUGUCACAUUUGUGGGAUGGAAUUUUUGUAUUUUAAAGUUUUCCAGAGACACCUGCUGGUGCAUACGGGAGAAAAACCAUUCAAGUGUUCAGUGUGUGAGCGAGGCUUUAACCAGUCUGGCCAUCUGAAGUCCCACAUGCGUAUGCACACAGGGGAGAGGCCUUACAAGUGUCAGCACUGCAACAGAGGCUUCAAUCACAACGUGAGCUUGAAGAGUCACCUCAAGCGUUUCCACACAGAGUCUGAGAAUCAGAAGAAGACUGCAAACCUGGAGGGAUCCGUUGGAGGUGACCCUGAGGGUGAAAGAGGCACAGACUCAUUGAAUGAUAUUGUAGAGGAGGAUCACGCUGUGAAAGACGUGUGGACUGGUGGAGGAGGGUUUAAAAAAAGGAGAACCACAGGCAGACCCAUCGGGAGACCAAAGAAGAAGAUCAAAGACACAACAGUUGAAGAGGAAAAACGGCAAAGACAAGAUAAAAACACUAAUACUGCUAAAGAUAGAAACCGGAAGCCAAGAAAGAGGAGACAGUCCAGUAGUGAAGAUGAUGAAGAGGAGCUGUGUGAAAGUGAUGAAUCCUUGGACCUAACGGAGGACGAGGAGAAGAACAAUGAAAAAGUGACAUCAAGGCAGAAAGAAAAUGAGGACUUAGACUUUGACCCCACUGAAAUUAAGAACAGGGAAAGAAAAAAAGUCUGUAAGACCCCAAAAAGGCCCAGAGGAAGACCAAGAAAGAAAGCUGUUUGUUGAGGAAACUUAACCUAUGACUAAAAAAUUUAGAAAAAAAUAAUUUUGCGGGGCAUAGCAGAUUUUUUGUUUUUUCUUAAUCAGAUUAAAUAAAACAAAUGGAUUUCAAAUUGAUAUCUCUUUAACAUCUUUGUCUUCUUGCUGAGUUGCUUCCUGUACAAUUGUUUAUGUAGCAAAAACAAACUUCAGAAGACAGUUAUAUGGUUGGUGGUUAUUUCCUACUCUAGCUGUACUUUGUGUUGUGCUAUUUUACAAGAAGAUUAUGAAUAUAUUAGAUAACUAGAACUGGGAGUUUUAGUUAUCGAGUAGGACAUUAAAAUCAAGGGUAGAACCAGUUGUUUAUUAAAUGAUUAUAACUGGUAUCUGCUUAUUCACCAAGGUUAUUUAGUCUUACUCAAGGUUGGACUCCUGGACUGGCUGUUGAAAUGCAGUUGUCUUUCACCAAUUUAAUAAUUUGGGGUUUGUGGAGAUUUAUUAAUCAGUAACCCAAGAAAUUGUCUCAGUUUCCUCGAAUGUUAAACAAAGGACAUGAUUUUGGCUCUAAAUUAUAAAAUGUUUUUAUGCAGUAAAUGUAAAACUUUCACUGCAUAGAUAUCCAUAUAGGGUUAAAAACAUUGAUACCUUUAUUAGCUAAAAAUUCCUAUCACAGUAUUUUUGUAUGUAAUCACAAACACUAAACACAAAUGAAAAUAAGCACGAGUAACUGAAAAGCUAAUAAAAGGGGGGUUUAAGACUCUGUUCAAAGUGUCUCUGAGGACUGUUCAAGUUUUAAGACUUUAAAUUGUCCCUUAAAAUAGCAGCAUAUAAAUGUGAAUGACAAUGAUGCAGAGAUCUUAAAUGUAAUCAAAGCAGUAAACCUCCAUUCAGUUCUACUGUGAAAAAUUAAUGAAUCAGAAAUGCAUAACAUUUAUUAGCAAUGGGCAAAAGAGGAAGUCUUAAAUGUUGAAGGCAGUUGGUUGCACUCAGAGAAAAUUGGGCUAAUUACUUCUGCAAAACACACUUGUAAAACAUGUAUUUACUAUAAAUUUAUUUUUAAUUCA